UAUAAAUUUUUUCCAUUCGCAACAAUCCAGUCACGUUUUUGCAUUUCAAGAUUUUCGUUCUUUAAUAAAAUAAUUAACACAAAAAAAUGCAUCUAAUUGGAUUUUUUUUCUCAUUUAUACUUCUCAUUUUAUUCGUCACAUCUAUUCAAGGAAAAGUGUUGACUCAAUGUGAAGCCGCCCAAGAACUUGUAAAAGGAGGAGUUUCACGUUCAUUCAUCAGCAAUUUUGUCUGUCUUAUGAAAAGCGAAAGUGGAUUUGACACUAGAAAGAAAACUGGACCAAAAACAUUGUCAAGCUACUGUUAUGGUAUUUUUCAAAUCAACAGUUCCAAAUGGUGUGAACAAUCACGAAAAGGUGGAGUUUGUAACAAAAAGUGUGAUGAUUUUAUUAAUGAUAAUAUUCAAGAUGAUGUUGCAUGUGCUAAAACAAUUCACUCUCAGGAGGGAUUUAAUCAUUGGCCAGGAUGGGUGAAGGAUUGUAAAAAUAAAGCACUUCCCGAUCUUUCGGGAUGUAAAUAUUAAUAUCAUUUUAACAAUAACAACAAAAAUUAUUAAAUCAUUUUAAUUGUUUGUCAAUAUAUUGUAUACCUAUACUGUAUAUGUGUAAAAAAAAUUAUGUUUCUUUUAUCGUCAGUGUGUGUUACAAAAAUGUUACACAUUAUUUAUAAUUCAAAUAAAAUAAAAUAUUUACAUAAUUUUGAGCAUA